CCGGCUCACCCUCCUUUCGGCACAGCCUCCAUGACCCUGUCGACUCCGACGACGCAUUGUCAGCAGCUCGACACCUCUCGAAUAUUUCUGCCUACUAUCUUCUAAUUCCCGCGACUAUAACUCGCUAUAUAUCGAUCUCUCUCCGCCGUUGUCCUCGACGUGUCCGCAGUACAAGUGCGCCCCCCGACUCCGUAUACUAGACAACGCUCCGCUCCUUCUCUCCGUCGCGCAGUGCAACUGCACUGGAACGUUACCUUUCUCUCGACAUCAGACAUUUACUCUCAGCUCACAACGGGCUUUCUAUAAUCAUGAGUCCGACUAUUUCCACUUCGUAUGCACCGGUUGCAGAAGGGAAUCCCAAGGCGCCGGUGAUCCAGCUCCCCGAUGGCACCGUGCAAAAGUCUACACUCUUAUCUCCAAAUUCCCAGUGCACUCCUUAUCGAAAUGGCCAUGUCAACUUGGAUACUUUUUCACCCGUCAACGAAAAUGGGAGUUUCGAGUUUGAUCGGGUUCUGAAGACUGGGAAGGUGUUCCGUCGCGUGAAGCACAAACAUGCAUUCAGGGCCUCCUGGAAACCCGCAUAUCUCGUUCUCCGACCAAACCUCCUGUCAGUAUACAAGGAUGAAGAAACUACAAGGCUCCGGGCCUCCAUCACGUUAUCCGAGGUCACCGCAGUUGCACCUGUUAGGUCCCCUCGAUCAAACCGACAGCACGUAUUUGGCGUCUUCUCUCCAUCCAAGAACCAUCGCUUCCAAGCCUCUUCAGACAAAGAUACCGAAGACUGGAUCAAACAGAUCCGAGGGGAAACUCGUAUGGACGAAGAUGAGGAGGCGUUUCUAGCAUUGUCGAAGAAUGAUGACACUGCGGGAAACAAUACUAAACGCCGCAUUUAUGACACCACCGACUAUUCUGAUUUUGAUCAUCGCGGAAGGCCAAGCUCUCCUGAAAUCCCAGAUUCCUUGUCACCCACAUACCAAUCUAAGCGAUUUGCCUCACCUCACGACCACUCGGGAAAUGAUAUCACAUCCUAUUCGGAAUGGUCCGACGGGCCGGUGAGCAACAACGGGGUUCGACUGAAAUCGGCCCCUAUCCCGAAUCAGCCCGCAUCUGUUCACAGUGAUGGACAUUCGUCAGUCCCGCGCAACGAGUCUGGCGUUCUACGUGACCCGGAGAGGGUUGUCUGCAAUGGAUAUCUUCAAUGCCUCAGGAUUAAGGGGUCCAUGCGCCAGUGGAAGCGGCUGUGGGUUGUGCUGCGCCCGAAAAGCCUUGGCUUUUACAAAGACGAGCAGGUAUGCCUUCUGUUCCUUUGUUAUCCUUGCGCGGCUAACCAUGUGAUCUUCCAGGAAUACUCCGCUGUCAAGGUCAUCCCCAUGGCUCAGGUGAUCGACGCCGCCGAAGUCGAUCCCAUGUCACGUUCGAAACACUACUGCCUUCAAAUAAUCGCAGAGGAAAAGUCGUAUCGACUGUGCACUACCGACGAAGAAUCUCUCGCGAAAUGGCUAGGCUCUCUGAAGAGCAUUCUCGUCGCCCGCAAGAAAAUGGAGCCUGCGCCAGGAGCAGCAGGCCUCCGUUGA